AUGGCCGACAAUACUGCAGCUGCCGCCGCCGCCACCAAUGGCAACGGCGGCGGUGGUGCUGCCGAGCAGCGCAAGAAGAAAAAGAUUGUCGUUGUCGGGCUGGGCAUGGUCGGCAUCAGCUUCACUGAGAAACUCCUCAAGCUCGACGCCAGGGCCCGCGAAUACGACAUUGUCGUCAUUGGCGAGGAGCCCCAUGUGGCCUACAACCGCGUAGGCCUGACGACCUUUUUCGAGCACCGCAAGGUUGAGAACUUGUACCUGAACCCGCGGGAAUGGUACGACGACGUGCUCGACGGUGCGCUGGGCUACUACCUUAACACUAAGGUGACGGCCAUCCAUGCGGACAGGAAAGUAGUGGCGUGCGCAGCACCAGCCGACGGCGGCGGUCGGGAAAUCGGCUACGACAUCCUGGUGCUCGCGACGGGGUCCGACGCGGUGCUGCCGCGGCACACGCCGGGCCACGACGCGCAGGGCGUGUUCGUGUACCGCACCGUGGACGACCUGGAGCAGCUGAUCGCCUUUUCGGCGCAGCUCCAAAAGGGCACCGUCGGCGCCGUGGUCGGCGGCGGCCUGCUCGGGCUCGAGGCCGCCAAGGCCAUGAUGGACCUCGAGUGCUUCGACCAGGUCAAGGUCAUCGAGCGCAACCGCUGGGUGCUGAGCCGGCAGCUGGACGCCGAUGCCGGCGGCAUGGUGGUCGAGCAGGUGCGCAGCCUCGGUGUCGACGUGCUGCUGGGCAAGAGAGUCGGGAAAGUCGACGUGCACGUCAGUGCCGACGAGGAUGGCAGCACCACCACCAGCGUCAAGGGCGUGCACUUUGAAGACGGCGAGUACAUGGCGUGCUCGACGCUGUGCUUCGCCAUCGGCGUGCGGCCGCGCGACGAGCUGGCACGCAGGGCGGGCAUCACGUGCGCGGACCGCGGCGGCGGCAUCGUCGUCGACGACAGCCUGCAGACUAGCGUCCCCGACAUCUACGCCAUCGGCGAGUGCGCGAGCUGGCAGGCGCAGACGUUUGGGCUGAUCGCACCUGGCGUCGAGAUGGCCGACGUGCUGGCCUUCAACCUCACGCAGGCCAAGCUGCACCAGCCGCGGCUGUACAAGCGGCCCGACCUCAGCACCAAGCUCAAGCUGCUGGGCGUCGACGUGGCCAGCUUCGGCGACUUCUUCGCCGACCGCGACGGGCCCAAGCACCUGCCGGCUCGCGCGGCGGCGGCCAGGACGGCACGCGGGAAGCCCGACGCGGUGAAGACGCUGACCAACGGCCUGCCGCCGCCCCCCGUCAAGGCGCUGACGUACAAGGACCCGUUCCAGAACGUGUACAAAAAGUACAUCUUCACCAUGGACGGCAAGUUCCUGCUCGGCGGCAUGAUGAUCGGCGACACCAAGGACUACGUCAAGCUGGUGCCACUGGUCAAGAACCAGAAGGAGCUCGACGUGGCGCCGUCGGAGCUGAUCCUGGGGGCGGCGAGCAAGGGCAGCGGCGGCGAUGACGGCGGCGAUCUCGACGACGACACGCAGAUCUGCAGCUGCCACAACGUGACCAAGGGCGACGUGGUGGCCGUGGUCAAGGACGGCACGUGCAAGUCGGUGGGCGAGGUCAAGUCGUGCACCAAAGCCGGCACGGGGUGCGGCGGGUGCAUGCCGCUGGUGACGGCCAUCUUCAACAGCACCAUGGUGGCCAUGGGCAACGAGGUCAAGAACAACGUGUGCGCGCACUUCAACCACAGCCGGGCGGAACUCUACCACAUCGUCAUGGCCAAGCGGCUGACGACGCUGGCCGAGGUGAUGCGCGAGGCGGGCGUCGACCCGGAGAGUGUCGGGUGCGAGGCGUGCAAGCCGACGGUAGGCAGCAUCCUGGCCAGCCUGUGGAACCGGCAUGUCAUGGACCGCACGACGCACGGCCUGCAGGACACCAACGACAAGUUCCUGGGCAACAUCCAGCGCAACGGCACGUACAGCGUGGUGCCGCGCGUGUCGGCCGGCGAGAUCACGCCCGACAAGCUGUUGGCCGUCGGCGCCGUCGCCAAGAAGUACGGCCUGUACACCAAGAUCACGGGCGGCCAGCGCAUCGACAUGUUCGGCGCCCGCAAGCAGGACCUGCUGGACAUCUGGCGCGCGCUAGUCGACGCCGGCAUGGAAUCCGGGCAUGCGUAUGCCAAGUCGCUGCGCACCGUCAAGAGCUGCGUCGGCACCACGUGGUGCCGCUACGGCAUCGGCGACAGCGUCGGCAUGGCCGUGCGCCUCGAGGAGCGCUACAAGAGCAUCCGCGCCCCGCACAAGAUCAAGGGUGGCGUGAGCGGCUGCGUGCGCGAGUGCGCCGAGGCCCAGAACAAGGACUUCGGCCUCAUCGCCACCGAAAAGGGCUUCAACAUCUUCGUCGGCGGCAACGGCGGCGCCAAGCCCAAGCACUCGGAGCUGCUGGCCAAGGACGUGGCGCCGGCGGACGUGGUGCCGAUCCUAGACCGCUACCUCAUGUUCUACAUCCGGACGGCCGACCGGCUGCAGCGGACGGCGCGGUGGCUCGAGGGGCUGCCGGGCGGGAUCGGGUACCUGCGGUCCGUGAUCCUCGAGGACAAGCUGGGGAUCUGCGCGUCGCUCGAGGCGCAGAUGCAGGAGCUGGUCGACAGCUUCUUCGACGAGUGGGCCGAGGCGCUGGCGUCGCCGGCCAUCGCCGCGCAGUUCCGGCAGUUCGCCAACACUAGCGACGCGGCCGACGGCGUCGAGACGGAGACGGACCGGGGCCAGGCGCGGCCCGUGUUCUGGGCGCGCGAGCCUGCGCACGACGACUUCGCCGGCCUGCGCCGCACCUGGUCCGAGACGGCCUGGCAGCCCGUGCUGUCGGCGGACCACUUCGCCGGCGCCGACGACAUGCCCAACGGCGUCAGCGCCGUCGUCAAGCGCGGCGACACGCAGCUGGCCGUGUGGCGCGUGCGCGGCCGGUGGUACGCCACGCAGCAGAUGUGCCCGCACAAGCGCGCCUUUGUGCUGGCCGACGGCAUCGUCGGGCAGGAGACAGCACCCGCCACAACGGCAGAAGGAGGAGACGCGCCGGCGGCGGCGCCGUGGAUCUCGUGCCCGCACCACAAGCGCAAUUACGAUCUCUCGUCGGGGGCGUGCAAGAACGACAACGAGAACAAGCUGUCCAUCGCCACGUUCGACGUCGAGGCGCGCGACGACGGGCUCGUUUACCUGCGGCUGCCGCCCGUGGCGGAGCUGGACGCGGCGUUGGGCACGGCGAAGUGGAUGGUGCGCAAGGGCGAGGCGGGGCCGAGCGCGUACGACGCGCUCGACAAGAAGCUCGAGUUUGUCGGGCGGCGGGCUAAAAAGCCCGGCGUGCGGCCGCACUCGGAGUUGCCGAUGCGGAGGCCGGUUGCGCUGCUCGCAGCUGGGGGCGGCGGAAGCGGCGGGUGCGGCGCGGCGGGCAUCCCUGAUUGGUGA